UUGGUUAAUAUAGAACGUAUUACAAGCGUUUCAAGAAAUUGGAAACAACCCUGCGAUUUGGUGAACAGAGGCUUUAUUUGGCUUGUUAUAGUUUAGCCCAGGACUGUGUCAUUUCAUUUCAAACGUAGACUGAGUGAAUCAUUCUGUCUUUGUCUUACGCUAGUACCUACUAGCACAUACAAGAAAGGGAUGAGUAUAGUUUCUUACACUACUACUUCUUCUUGGCUGUUUCUUACUCACUGACUGACAAGUUGUGUUUGCAAGCAUAGAUUAGUAUAUAUUAUUAUGUUUGCAAGACUCCAAGACUAACAAGUUAAGCCGACAGCUAGGACAUAAUUUGAUCGUUUCGUUACACAACGUGAAAAAAUAUUUCGAAAAAAGUUUUCAUCUUUAUGAAACCUGGCUCACAUGGCUGGAAAAAACAUAGCUACAAAGAAGAUGAAUGCCACAUUAUUCUCUCCAACUGUCAUUCUGAAAAAUGCAAGCUGCGGUGUUACCCAACUGUUUCAAGAAUAAUUAAAGUUACGUUUAAAACGUAACAGGACUGUUUCCAAAUUUAACAUUCUAGUUACUGGAGCGUUAAGAUGGGUUCCAAGUACCCACCGUACCCGCCCUAUGAUGCCAACCCCGCCCCGCCCUCCGUGGCCGAGACUAUCGUCGCUGGCCGGAGCCUGAGCGUGCAGCACAAAUCUGUGUUCCGCCCACCGGCGCACCCGCUGCCAAAACCUGCUAGACCAAAAGCACCCAAAGUAACCGAUGUGAAGAUAGCCCGACGCGCAAUGAAGGCGCAUGCACGCUGCCUUCGUCGGCACGGUGCGGUGCUAACCGACCGCCUCGAGCGGCUGGCCAAGCCGCGUCGCCGCAACGUCAUCUACUUGUGGCGAGAACAUGCAGACUUACUGCCGCCUGAAACAAUAGAGCGGUUUCGGGCCAUGCUCAACGCCGACGAGCCGUUCAAACCCGACCAGGCGUAUGAAUACUUUGUCAAUUGCCGCAAAACUAAGAAGAAGAAUGCAGCUCACUGCAGCCUGAUAAAGAGGGACACGCACACGGUGGUGACAGACAAGCGCUUCUUGUGGGCACGUAAUGCGACCGUGGCGUUCGCGCGCGGCAUCCAACAGAGGCUCUCCCGGCCUGGACGCUACACGCUGGCUGACGGGAUGCUACGCCUGUCCAAUGUGAUUUUGGGCGAAACUUGCGGAUACAUGAAAAUGAGGACUCCAUCUCGACGAUGUACCAAUUCUAAGGCUAAAUUUAUGAUGGAAAUGUCCGAUAAGAUUGCAGUUUGGAUUGAUGAGAUACUAUCAGAAUCUGAUGAUCGAAUGUUAAUGAUGGACUUUGAUGAGGACGAAGAUAUACUGUUCCCAGGCAGAUGGUCUUCGGGCGGCGGUGGCGGCGGCGGCGAUGAUUUUGCUGAUGAUUUUCUCAACAUGAUGGGCGAAUCCAGCCUUUUAAGGGGACCCACGCCUGCUUACCUAAAGUUUGAAGGUGAAAUGCUGGAGGCGUUUAAUAUUCUAACGGACUCGAUGCAAAAGAAAGGAGACGAUAAGCUACUUUCCUAUGGCAAAUUCAACCAAACCUAUGCUGAAGGAGCGGAUGAGUUGAAACAAACUCCUGAUUUUACUGCUACGGAAUUUAAUACUACAUUAGCCGGGCAGCUGAACAAGGAUCUCGCAGCUUGCGCAGCGCCGAAUACGCCGGCUAAUAUCGCCUCCUUCAUGACAGAAAUGGUUGAUAUCUGCUCAAAUUUUUUGGCGCAACACGCAGAAUUUAACAAGGACAAAGGGCCUGCCUUCAAAAUUUUGAUACAAGAAAUGAAAAAGAAGCCUAAAGAUGAGCUUUACAAGAAAGAAAAAAUUAACCGCACCUAUGGACAAGCGGCAGUAAUGUUUGUAUACUUAUUUCUUCGUUUAGUUAUUUUUAUUAUUAGAUAUUUUUACUUAUUAGAACUAGGGGUUUUAUGCUGUUCAAAAUAAUUUAAUAUUUUUGGAUGUGUUGGGUUAUCAUUUAGUGUUUCUUUAAACUCCCAUGCUAAACAAUUUAAACAUACUAAGGUAUAUACUUAACUACUCAAUUUAUACCUUUGUGUACUUUACAUUUAAAUCACAGUUUUAUAAAUUAAGCCUA